AUGGGUUCCCGGUUGGUUGCUGGAGCGCUCGUGGGGCAGCUGGGACGCCGGCUUGUCUCCCAACCGUCGUCUCGGAUGCCGCUGUGGUGCUCAGCCUUGCGGACUGUUACGACGGUGCCACCACCGGGGAAGGCGGCGUCGGUGGCGGAGGGCGGCAAGGAGCAGGCGGUUGCGAGCUACUGGGGGAUAUCCCCGUCUAAGGUGACGAAGGAAGAUGGAGCAGAGUGGAAGUGGACGUCUUUCCGGGUGAGUUGUUUCCCUCUUCUCCGCCCCGCCGCUGUUGUCGCCACCACCGUCUUCUGGGUUUUGAUCGCCAUGUUCCUCUCAGCCAGGCGACUCCUAUUCGGCGGACCUGUCGGUGGACCUGAAGAAGCAUCAUGUUCCCAUCACCGCCAUCGACAAGAUCGCUCUUCGGACAAUUAAGAUACUUCGCGUUCCCACCGACAUCUUCUUCCAGGUUCGAAACCGCUCAAUUUGAUUUGAUUCAUCAACAAUUGGAGACCAUAGUGGUGCUCUGAGAAGGAUUACUAAGAGCGACGAUGUUGGUGCGAGCAGAAGAGGUACGGCUGUCGGGCGAUGAUGCUGGAGACGGUGGCAGCGGUGCCGGGAAUGGUGGCGGGGCUGCUGCUGCACCUGCGGUCCCUACGCCGCUUCGAGCACAGCGGCGGAUGGAUCAGGGCGCUGCUGGAGGAAGCGGAGAACGAGAGGAUGCACCUCAUGACCUUCAUGGAGGUCUCGGAGCCGCGCUGGUAUGAGCGGGCCCUUGUAAUCACAGUGCAGGGGGUCUUCUUCAACGCCUAUCUUCUCGCCUAUAUACUCUCCCCUCGCCUUGCCCACCGCCUCGUGGGCUACCUCGAGGAGGAGGCCAUCCACUCGUACACCGAGUUUCUCAAGGAGCUCGACGCGGGUCGCAUCGAGAACGUCCCCGCCCCCGCUAUCGCCGUCGACUACUGGCGCCUCCCGUCGGAUGCCACCCUCCGCGACGUCGUCCUCUCCGUUCGCGCCGACGAGGCCCACCACCGCGACGUCAACCACUUCGCAUCGGUAACACACACCCUCUCUCCCUCUCUCUCUCUCAAUCCAUCUUUCCUCCAUUAAACCCUCGUUGUGCCCUGUCCUCGCAGGAUAUACACACCCAUGGGCGGCAGCUAAGGGAUAUCCCGGCUCCUUUGGGAUACCAUUAG